GAUAUAGAACUGUCUACAGAGUAAUGUAUAUGACGACAUACUACACGAGAUAUUUGUGUUGUAGUGGAUACUCGGCUGUAAACAACACAUGCCAACCUGUGUGCUCGCCUACUUGCAAGAACUCCGGAAUGUGUACAAGUCCGGAUCAAUGCCAGUGUUCGUCUGGAUGGAUGGGAUCUACAUGUACAACACCUAAAUGUGAUCCUGGGUGUGCUACAAAUGGUGGAAACUGUACGGCUCCGUUUACCUGUGACUGUCCUGCAGGGCUCUCAGGUUCUUCAUGUCAAACAGCAUGCAGUGGUGACCGAUAUGGACCAAAUUGUGCUCAGAAGUGCUCAUGCCAGAAUGGAGCUUUAUGUGACCCAGUUACAGGAGCAUGUAACUGCACAGCUGGUUGGCAGGGAACAAAUUGCGAUCAGGCAUGUCCAUCAGGAACAUAUGGCCUAGGGUGCUCUUCCUGCACAUGCAAGAUUGGAGCAUCAUGUGACCGCGUCACUGGAGUUUGCACUUGUCCUCGUGGAUAUUACGGAAAAUUAUGCGAGCAUAUCUGCUCUGCAUGGACGUUCGGUCACAAUUGCAGCCACUCUUGUAUAUGCAACAAGUCAAACACUUUUAACUGCAGCCAUGUGAAUGGUUGGUGUGAAUGUCGACAUGGCUGGAGAGGUGCAAUUUGCAUGGACACGUGCCCUGACGGUCUCCAUGGGCCCAACUGCAAAUUUAACUGUACAUGUCAGAACGGCGGAACAUGUGAUCCCUAUACCGGAAAUUGCAGCUGUCCUCCCGGGUUCAUUGGUGACAACUGCGAGAAAACUUGCCCAGCAAACACUUACGGUUUUGGAUGUGAACAAAAGUGCAAGUGUGUUAACCAUGGAUUGUGCAACCCUGUCAAUGGAACAUGUACCUGUGUUGGGCAUUGGGUUGGUCAAUAUUGUGAUAAACCCUGUUUAGACGACUGGGAGUACUGGAAUGGGACUGCUUGUAUUACAUGUCCUUGUGAUACAACGAACAGCCAAAGGUGUAAUCAGUCUAGCAGUGAGUGUGAGUGCUACGAUGGUUGGGUACAGUCGUCUUGCAAAGCACCGUGCCAGAAGGGAACCUUUGGCUACAAAUGCUUUGAUCAGUGUCAGUGCCAGAACGGUGCCCACUGUGAACCUGUGGACGGAUCAUGCAUCUGCACUAGUGGAUACAAUGGCACAAUCUGUGAUCAACUUUGUCCGGACGGAACGUAUGGGUUCUACUGCAGUGGGUUGUGUGGAUGUCAGAAUAAUGGCGUUUGCUCUCACAUGGAUGGAUCGUGCACUUGCUUGGAUGGGUGGCAUGGUGCCUCUUGUGAAUUGGCGUGUGAUAGCGGUUUCUACGGUGAUCGCUGUCGGCAAGAAUGUUUGUGUCUGAAUGGAGCGGUUUGUGAUCAUGUUAGUGGGACAUGUACUUGUACUGAUGGAUGGUUGGGAGACAAUUGCUCUGAACCAUGUGUGGCAUUUCAGUUUGGGGAAGACUGUUUACAGCUUUGUAAUUGCGUUAAUGCUGAGAGUUGUAGUAACGUGGAUGGCACAUGCCACUGCAAGCCAGGCUGGAUUGGUUCUACCUGUUCUGAUCCAUGUUCACCUGGACUAUGGGGUCACGACUGUAGUAACAACUGUACAUGCUACAAUAGAGGCAGUUGUGAUCACGAACUUGGAAACUGCAGCUGCACUGAAGGCUGGACCGGCAACACAUGCUCACAACUGUGCGACAAAGGCAUGUAUGGUCGUGAUUGUAAACAACAAUGUGAUUGCAAAUUUGACUACUGUGAUGCAAGAGAUGGCACUUGCUUGUGUCCAGAAGGUUGGAUCGGACCUCGUUGCGAUCAGAGUUGUCGAAGUGGUUUUUAUGGUCACAACUGUGAAAAGGAGUGCGAUUGUAAAUUCUUAGAUUGUAAUCCAUUCAAUGGGAUGUGCCUGUGUCCUUCAGGAUGGAUCGGACGCCGCUGCGACCAGGUCUGUCCGAGUGGUUUCUAUGGCACACAAUGCUUAGAAUCAUGUAACUGUGACUUGGCUUGUGAUCCCAUCGACGGCCAUUGUAUCUGUGCUCCUGGACAGACGGGAGAAAAGUGCGAUCAAGAUUGUCCGGAUGGUACAUUUGGAGUGGGCUGUCAAUCUUGUCAAUGUGAGCAUGUAGAUGCAGUGUGCAGCAAAACAUCUGGUUGCAUAUGCCCCAGCGGACUCACAGGAGACAACUGUGAAUCUGAGUGUGAUAUCGGUUUCUAUGGUAUUGGAUGUAACCUAACAUGCAGUGAGAAGUGUCCAAACAGGACAUGUAAUCCAAAGACAGGAACUUGUGCUUGUCCCGAGAGUCAGUCUUGGAAUGGUGAGAACUGUCAAGAGACGGAAGGAGGAUUGAGGGAAGAGCAGUUAAAGACGAGUGAUUCAUCUGGAAUAGACAUUAGUAUAUGGGGAGGAGUUGGAGGUGGUUCAGCCGUGAUUCUUGUGAUCUUGACUAUCAUACUAGUGAUAGCAAUUCGACAUAGAAAGCGUCCGGAAACCGGAAGUGUGAGUUAUGGCAACAGGCAUGGUGGUCAAGUGUCAAUACAAUCAACAGAGCCUGUGUAUGCUGUACCUGUGGCAUCAUGUACAGCCUAUAGCUCGAUUGAUGACCCAAAUAUAUCUACGGAAAACAAUAACUCUUCAGGAAACAUGCCAUCCCAUGACUAUAUGAACAUUGCACCGAUGCCACCGAUGAGAAACAGCUCACUAGGAGGAGGAUUGUUAUCUCCAUAUCCAGACGAGCAGCCUUACUAUAGUGAUCCGUUGCCAAUAGUGCCGAUGGCUACGAAUCCGUGUUAUGGUGGAGCUGCAUUGAUUGUUGGUGCUGCUCAUCUUACUGCAGAGGAGCCAUUGCAUGAGAUUGCAGGUGCAGUAUCAGGAUGAGGAAUGAUGAAUGGUGUUUGAUAGGUGCGUGGUGUCAUGGUUACAUUUGGGCAAUGUGAGUUAGGAAAACAUGAGUAUUUUAUCACAAAUUGUGUACUUGUUUCGGCAACUCACUUGUGUAUACGUGUGCUUAUAUCAAUGUUUUUGGCGGUUGUUUACAGCUGGGUUGUUGUAUAGUAUUGAAAUAGACACUUUUAUUGUUGA